AUGCUGUCAAGAGCAGCCAGACAAGAAAAGCUAAAGGCUUUAAAGGAAGCAAGAAGAACAGGAAGAAAUGUUGGUUUAGAUUCGGAUGAAGACUCAAGUUUCAAUAAAAUUUAUGAUGAAGUUGAUGAUGAAACAUUCAGAGAAGAAAAAAGGAAACAAUUGGUAGAGGAUGACUUUGUCGUGGAUGAUAAUGGAGAAGGAUAUGUGGAUAACGGAGCAGAUGAAUGGGAUGAUGCGUCAAGACCAAAUUAUUAUUCAGAUGAAGAGGAGGUUGAAACAAAUAAGAAAAGAAAGAAGAAAUCUAAAGAUUCAAAACCAGCAAAAAUAGCUAAAACUGCUCCAAUUAAUAACUUUUUCAAAGCUUCAUCUGGCAUUGAAAAUAAAAAGAAAGUUGAUACAAGUAUUGAUGACAUUCUUGAUGGUUUUGAAGACAAUAAAUCUAAAAAGACUAAAACUUUUUCAAAACAAACACCAUCAGAGUCUAAGAAGAAAAAAAUUGGCACUGCUUUUACAUUUGCUACAGUUAAGAAAGAGAAAAAAACACCAAAAUUUGAUACUUUCAAUGCCUCAUCAGAUUAUACAAUGGACUUUGAUGAUAUUGAUCAACCUUCUUCACCAAUACGCACAACAACAGAAGUAGAACCAACAUUGAUCACGAAUGAAACAAAGCAAGAGAAAUUAACCCCAGAGAUAGAGCAAGUGGAAGAUAAAUUGGAAUCAAGUGAUUCUGAAGACGAUGUCAUUUUUGCAAAAAGACCUAGAGCUACUGCUGUCAAAAGGGACUUGGAUUCUAAAACAAUUACAUCUGUUAAAGCUAUCAAUUCAUCUCCAUUUAAACCAACAUAUGCAAAAUUUGCUAAUCAUACUGAUAAAAUUGAACAAGAAAAAAUAAGUGAUGAUACAGGACUGUUUAAAAUGUUUUGGAUGGAUUAUGCAGAACUUGAAAGUUCAUUAUUAUUAUUUGGUAAAAUCCAAACAAAAGAUGGUACUUUAGCUUCAGGAGUAGUUCAAGUUAAUGGUGUUUGUAGGGAAUUAUUCAUUUUACCAAAAGAAGGCAAUACUGCGGAAGAUGUAAGAGAAGAAAUUACUCCAAUAUUUAUGGAAAAUUACAAGUUAGACUUAUUGAAAGCUAAACCUGAAACUAAAAAAUACGCUUUUGAAUUGGCUGAUAUACCUAAGGAAACUGAAUAUUUGAAAGUUUUAUUGCCAUUUAAUAGUAUCACAAAUAAACAAAUAUUACCAGCUGAUACGGAAGGUUCAACUUUUUGUCAUAUAUUUGGAAGUAAUACAAACAUGUUUGAGGAAUUUGUGACCCAAAGACGAAUAAUGGGUCCUUGUUGGUUAGAAAUUCAAGGUGGAGAUUUUAAUGCUAUUAGAAAUUCUACUCAUUGUCAAGUUGAAGUUGCUAUAAGUCUGCCUUUAAAAGUUUCUGUUAUUUCAAAAAACACUCCACCAGCUCCUAAUUUAACAUGUACCUCAAUUUCAAUACAAACAGUGAUGAACCCAAAACACAAUAAGCAAGAAGUUGUUUCUGUUUCGUUGCUAACCUAUUAUGAUUUACCACAAGAUGCACCAAUCCGCGAGGAUCUACAACCAAAUGAUGUUUUGACUUUAGCGAGACCAGUUGGAUCUGUUUCAUUCCCACCUGGAUUAAAUCAAUUAGCACAGAAAGAUAAUUUUCAAUUAAAAUUGUGUCCCAAUGAAAAAGUAUUAUUAAAUGCUUUAGCUGCUAAAAUUAAAACUUUGGACCCUGAUAUUUUUAUUGGUCAUAGAUUGGAAAAUAUAUCUUUGGAUGUUUUAGUUCAUAGAAUGCAUGAUAAUCAAGUGAUGACUUGGUCAGCAUUAGGGAGAAGAAAUAGAAAGCAAUGGCCUCAUUUAAUAAAUAAUAGCAAGAAAGGUUUUAAUAAUAACUUAUUGAUUCGAGAAGUAUUUAGAGGUAGAUUGUUAUGUGAUAUUGGAAAUGAAAUGGGUCAAUCUUUGACCAUGAAAUGUCAAUCAUGGGAUUUACCAGAAAUGUAUGAUGUGGUUUGUCACAAAUCUCAUUCUUCACUAGAUAUCAAUUUUCAAAAUUCUAAAUAUUCAGAAGAUGCUACAUUAUUAUAUCUUGCUUUGAAAGAAAAUGAAUUCAAUUGCAGAAUUACUGGUGAAAUUGCGUUUGCUAUACAAAUUCUUUCAUUGUCUAAACAGUUAACAAACAUUGCGGGAAAUGCUUGGUCUCAUACAUUGAGUGGUACAAGAGCUGGUAGAAACGAAUUCAUUUUAUUACACGAAUUUAAGAAAAAUAAUUAUAUUAUACCAGAUAAAGCAGAUGAUAUUCAUAAAAAUACAACUUACCAACAACAAGCCAAAUUUGAAAAUGCUGAAGAAGAUGCUCAAACCGCUACAUCAAAUAAAAAACCUAAAUAUCAAGGUGGAUUAGUUUUUGAACCGGAAAAAGGAUUACAUAAAAAUUAUGUGUUGGUUAUGGAUUUCAACUCAUUAUAUCCAAGUAUCAUUCAAGAAUAUAAUAUUUGUUUUACAACAAUCAACAGGGAUCAAUUCAAUAGGACUCAUGACGAAGAUAAAGAUAUGCCGCUGUUACCAGAAAACGAUUUAGAUGCUGGUGUUUUACCAAGAUUAUUAAAUACUUUGGUCUCUCGUCGUCGUGAGGUUAAAAAAUUAUUAAAGGAUCCAAAAAAUACUCCAUUUGAAAAAGCUCAAUUUGAUAUUAAACAACAGGCUUUGAAAUUAACUGCAAAUUCUAUGUAUGGUUGUUUAGGUUAUGUUAAUUCCAGAUUUUAUGCAAAACCUUUGGCGAUGUUGGUCACGAAUAAAGGAAGAGAAAUUUUGAUGGAUACCAGACAGCUUGCUGAAUCAUCAAGUUUAAGAGUUGUUUAUGGUGAUACUGAUUCUGUUAUGAUUGAUACAGGUGCAAAUAAUUUAAAAGAUGCUAUUAAAAUUGGUGAAGAAUUUAAAACUCAAGUUAACGAAAGGUAUAAAUUAUUAGAAAUUGAUAUUGAUAAUGUAUUUAAAAGAUUGUUGCUUCAUGCUAAAAAGAAAUAUGCAGCUAUGAAUGUAUCUGUGAAUAAAUCAAAUGAAGAAAUUUCAACAUUAGAAGUUAAAGGUUUAGAUAUGAGAAGAAGAGAAUAUUGUCAACUUUCAAAAGAUAUAUCAACAUUUGUAUUAAUGAAAAUAUUAUCUGAUUCUGAUCCAGAAGAAGCUUUACUAGAAAUAUAUACAUAUUUGGAAGAGAUGAGGGAUAAGAUCAAAUCAAAUGAAAUUGCAAUUGACAAAUUCAAAAUAAAUACGAAAUUAUCAAAAGAUCCAUCUAGUUAUCCGAAUGGUAAAUCAAUGCCACAAGUUCAAGUAGCAUUAAGAUUAAAACAACAAGGAAAAGUUAUAAAAGCUGGCAGUGUUAUAACUUAUGUUAUUACAUCACCAACAGAUGAUGAUGACAAAUCAACAGUUGCAGAAAGAGCAAGGGCUAUACAAGAAAUGUAUCAAAAAGAUUUAAACUUGAAAGCAGAUCCGUCUUAUUAUUUAGAAAAACAAAUAUUUGCACCAGUUGAAAGAUUGUUAGAAAGAAUUGAAUCAAUUGAUAUGAUGAAAGUUGCAACUUCAUUAGGUAUUGACAGUAAAAGAUAUAUUUUAAGAGUUAAAAACGGUGAAAGUUUGAAUGGAGAAAUUUUGCCAAUAGAAUCUAGUAUAUCUGAUUCUGAAAGGUUUAGACAAUCCAGUUAUUUAGUAUUAAGGUGUAAAUGUGGUCAUAAUUUUAGAUUUGGAGGUAUUCAGGCAUCAAAAGAUUAUACAGUGUCAUUCAAUGGUAUUAAAUGUAGUAAAUGUGAAUAUGUUUUUCCAAUUUUGAAAUUAACAUCACAGUUGGAAUUGGCAAUAAGAAAACAUAUUGCUUUAUAUUAUUCAGGAUGGUUAACUUGUGAUGAUAACGCUUGUGGUGUAACUACGAGACAAAUUUCAGUAUAUGGUAAAAAAUGUAUUGGUACAUCGGGCAAAGCAGUAGAUUGUAAAGGUAUAAUGAGAUACCGUUAUUCAGAUAAAGCAUUAUACAAUCAAUUGCUUUAUUUCAAUUCAAUAUUUGAUGUUGAGAAAACUAAAAAUGGAAAGUUAAGACCAAUAAAAGAUGCUUUAGAAACAGAAAAUGAUGAAUUAUCAAAAUUAGCUUCUGGUCAAGUUAAUGCGUUGGCUGAACAAAACAAAGAUAUGUUUGGGUAUUGUCAAGAAGUAAUAAAUAAGUAUUUAAAUGAAUGUGGUCGUAGGUAUGUCAAUAUGAGUUCAAUUUUUGACUUCAUGAGUGUAUAA